CCCAUAAGCACAAGCAGUCAAGGGUCUUCUUCCUUUCCCAUAAUUUGUUUUAUCCAUUACAAUACAGCUAGACAUGUAUAGCUCAAAGCCAUCUUAUCCAAAAACCUCAUUUAUCCCUUCAAUAGAAGACCCUUUCAAUAAAACUGUGGAUCUUCCAAAUCAUGAUGAACAACAACUACAUAGGAUGCCAACUCUAUCUGAGGCCCUGGAAGAAAUCAAAGCCAUAGGGAAGAUCUCAGGCCCUACAGCUAUUAGUAGUUUACUUCUAUAUUCAAGAGCUAUGAUCUCCAUGCUUUUUCUCGGCUACCUCGGUGAGCUUGAGCUUGCUGGUGGGUCACUCGCCAUUGGUGUUGCAAACAUUACUGGCUACUCUGUAAUCUCUGGUUUAGCCAUGGGAAUGGAACCCAUUUGUGGACAAGCUUAUGGUGCAAAACAGUUGAAACUCCUUGGAAUAACCUUACAGAGGACGGUGCUUCUUCUUCUAUCAGCUUCUGUCCCUAUCUCUUUCUUGUGGGCCUGCAUGAAAGCUAUCCUUCUUUGGUGUGGUCAAGACCAAGAGAUAUCAUCAGUGGCUCAUACGUUUAUUGUCUUCUCAAUCCCUGAUCUUUUCUUCCUUUCACUUCUUCAUCCACUUCGAGUCUACCUCAGGGCUCAGAGCAUUACAUUACCUGUAACUUACUGUUCGGCCAUCUCGGUGCUUCUCCAUGUGCCGUUGAAUUUCCUUCUUGUCGUUCGUCUUCAGCUCGGUGUUGCAGGGGUGGCUAUAGCUAUGGUGUGGACUAACCUCAAUGUGUUCAUUUUGCUUUCUUCAUUCGUAUACUUCUCUGGUGUGUAUGAAAAUUCAUGGGUAACUCCGAGCACUGAUUGUCUUAGGGGAUGGUCAUCUCUUCUUGCUCUUGCUUUGCCAACUUGUGCCUCGGUUUGCCUUGAAUGGUGGUGGUAUGAGCUCAUGAUAUUGCUUUGUGGCCUACUCGUUAACCCCAAAGCUACCAUUGCUUCAAUGGGGAUCCUUAUUCAGACUACGGCUCUGAUCUAUUGCUUCCCUUCAGCUUUAAGCAUUGGAGUAUCCACAAGAGUUGGUAACGAACUUGGCGCAAACCGACCUGGAAAAGCUCGCAUUUCCAUGAUUGUUUCGGAGUUUUGCGCGUUAGCUAUUGGUCUCUCAGCAAUGCUGUUCACCACUUUGAUGAGACACCAAUGGGGCAAGUUGUUCACCAGCGAUGCCGAAAUCCUCGAGCUUACAGCGGUUGCAUUACCGAUCGUGGGGCUUUGCGAGCUCGGGAAUUGUCCUCAAACGACUGGUUGCGGGGUGCUAAGAGGCACUGCCAGGCCAACCAUCGGAGCAAACAUAAACUUGGGUUCGUUUUACUUGGUGGGGAUGCCAGUAGCUAUCCUGAUGGGGUUCGUCGUCAAAAUGGGGUUUCCCGGGCUCUGGCUUGGCUUACUAGCUGCUCAAGCAACCUGUGCAUUGCUCAUGCUGUUGGUUCUCUAUAGAACAGAUUGGACGGUUCAAGUAGAAAGAGCAAAAACGCUCACCCAAACCAGCAGUAACAGCAAUAAACUUCAAUCUCCAUUGCCUAUUUCAGCAAAACAAGAUCCAAAGGAAAACAACGAGAAGGCUCAUCUUGAAGGGAUAGUGUCCGUUUACGAUGAAACUGAAAAAUCUGCUUCACCUGAAGAAGACUCUCUCAUCUAACUCAGCAGUACGGAUGCUGAGCACUAAUUAGAGUUUCAGUUCAGUUACCAGUUACCACCUUUCAUAAAACCACUUCGAUAUACACUUCCCCACUCUAAUUUUCUACUGUUUAUUUCUCUUUUGUUUGUUUUAACUCAACUUUUAUUUUGUAUUUUUCUCCUUUUUAAUCCCCAUGUUGUAUCAAAAUAACAAAUGUGGAAUGAAAUAGACAUACCUUAUGCAUA